AUGGAAGACAAUCGCGGAAUCAAUAACCCGAGUGCCGACGAGAAACGAAGCGACGAUGUCCAAAGCCAAGCCAACCUAGAAUCACUCAAAGAAGAUCCUACAAAACAAGACAACAACGAUGAUGAAGAGCCAGAGUAUAUCGAGGGGAUCAAACGUCUACUAGUCGUCGGGACUGUGACCUUGGCGGCUUUCCUCAUGCUUUUGGACUCUUCCAUCAUUGUCACUGCGAUACCCAAGAUUACAGAUCAAUUUCACUCGGUGGCUGAUGUUGGGUGGUACGGUAGUGCAUUCCUGGUUGCCAGUUGUUCUCUUCAGCCUUUGACAGGAAAGUUUUACACUCAGUUCGUCAGCAAGUAUACCUUCAUGGCCUUCCUUGGCGUCUUCGAACUAGGAUCACUCAUCUGUGGAGUUGCCCAAUCAUCCAACAUGUUGAUUGUUGGUCGAGCGGUAGCCGGGCUUGGCACUUCAGGGUUGGUCAAUGGGGCUCUGACUAUACUCUCUGCUGCCGUCCCUCUAGAGAUACGUGCUAUGUACUUCGGUUUCAUGAUGUCCACAAUCCAACUUGGAGUCUUAUUAGGCCCUCUGAUUGGCGGUUCUCUAACACAAUACACGACUUGGCGAUGGUGUUUCUUUAUAAAUUUGCCCUGCGGGGCAGUAGUCGUGGGCAUCCUUUGCCUCAUUCGAAUUCCAGACAACACAGCCAAGACAGCGUUGAAGGGGACCAAGCUUCAAAUUCUACACUCAUUCGAUAUCCCGGGCUUCCUCCUCUUCGCUCCUUCGGCUAUCAUGUGCCUCCUAGCUUUACAAUGGGGCGGCACCAAAUAUGCAUGGAAUAGCGCAACUAUCAUUGGUCUCUUCUGUGGUUCUGGGGUCAAUUUUAUACUCUUCCUUCUAUGGGAAGGUCGCGUUGGAGAUCGAGCUAUGAUUCCUUUUUCCAUGCUGAGGCAGAGGACCGUUUGGGUUUCCUGCCUCUUCAUGUUCUUCUUCUACUCCGGUAUGAUGAUGUGGGCGUAUUAUCUCCCCAUCUAUUUUCAAACCGUCCGUGAUGCAACGCCGACCCUCAGUGGCAUCUACAUGUUACCCCUCAUUGGAACUCAAAUAUUCGGGGCUAUGUUAUCGGGAGUUUUGAUUAGUCGAAUUGGCUACUACCUGCCAUGGGCUGUCGCAGCAGGGGCUCUUACAUCCAUCGCCUCAGGCCUCAUGAGCACAUUCAAGGCAGACACGUCUACAGCAAAGUGGGUAGGAUACAUGCUAUUGGGUGGAUUUGGCCGCGGCAUCGGCAUGCAAACCCCACUGGUCGCCGUACAAAACUCCAUCAAGAAAGAACAAACUUCGACUGCGAUGGCAAUCCUAGUCUUCACCCAGACCUUCGGAGGCUCUUUGUUCCUCAGCUUUGCUGACACGGACCUCACAACCAAUCUGAAGGACGGCCUCAAAAAGUUCGCUCCGGGAGUUGAUGUCGAAGCUGUGUUGAAGGCAGGCGCCACGGGAUUCCGGAGUGUUGUUCCCGCGGCUUCUGUAGAAGGUGUCAUACUGGCUUAUGAUCACGCCAUCAAUUAUGUGUUCUACAUCACGAUUGGAACUAGCAUUGCGACGUUCUUCCUUGCGUGGGGUAUGGGGUGGAAAAGUGUGAAGAAGGCGAAAGUGGUAAAGCCAGAGGCAUGA